AUGAGAUGUUUGAACCCUAUUAUCCGAUGGCCUUUUGGUUUAAAUUAUUCUUUAGCGAGAACACAAUUGCGGUUCUUUAGAACGAAGAAGAAGCAACCCAAUUCAAGGCAGGGGAAGCUUUUAGAUGCACCUGCCACUGAAAAGAAAAGUAAACUAUUCGCCUUCGGGAACUUUGCUUCAUUGCAAAGACCGGCAAAGAAUGAAAUCUCCAAAUCUGAAACGGUUAUCGAGAAAAUCUCGAGUUUCAACUCGCUUCGAAUUUUUCCCACCGUGCGGGCCGCAAUGAUCAAAGAAAUUAAGGAGGGAUAUAACUUGAAAAGUACCUACGUGAAAAGUAAGGAGGAGUUAGAAAUAAAGCCGUCUCCGGUUCAGGUUGCCGCAAUCCGGAAAAUUAAUCAACCAAGGAAGGUUUCUGCAAAGCAAUCAACAGCUGCAAACGGUAAUGAGAUUUUGAAAGAGUUGAUACUUGAAAACGAAUCAAAAAAGCUCAAGGUUUUCACAGUGGCCGCAGAAACUGGUUCAGGUAAGACCUGGGCAUAUUUGGCGUCUGUGUUUUCUAAGCUUAAGGAGGAUGACGCGAAUCUUUUUAACCGAAGCAAAAAACUUUACAGCGAAGCUAAACAGUUUGAAACCAUUAGAGCUGUGAUUUUGCUUCCGACUCACGAGUUGGUGGAUCAAGUUUAUGACACUGCUUUCCGUGCAAGUACCCUUCCAAUAGAUCUAGAGGAAGAUGUUGGAGCCAAAAUGCUUCAAUCCUCUGGUUUCAAAUCGUUUUUAGAGGCCGAAGGAACAAAAAACUUGGGGUUGAAAGUAGUGAAAUGGGGAUCGGGAGAUUCCCAUGAAAGGCUUUUUCAACUGGCACAAAAAGGUCGCAUUGACGUCCUAGUGACUACCCCUGCCAAAAUUCAAGGCUUAGCUAAGUUGACUAAUAUUCCAAGACAAUUCCGACUUUUCAAUUUUGUUGAGUACUGUGUGGUCGACGAAGCCGAUACGCUUAUGGACAACUCAUGGUUCCCUGACACGUCUACUGUAUUAAGAAGAUUUAACAAACUAAAGGAUCUCAUUAUGUGCUCAGCAACAAUCCCGAAAGAGUUUAAUAAAACCAUGAAGAGCAUGUUCAAAGAUGAAAACUCGGUGAUUUCUAUUGUGACUCCUCUGGUUCAUAAAAUUCCCAAGCAAAUCGUUUUGAAAGUCAUUGAUGCUCAACAGGCCCCUUAUCAUGGAUCGAAAUCGAGAUGUUUAGCACAAGCACUCUAUGCUAUCUAUAACGACGGAACUGAAGCCGGAUAUGUGAAGAGAAUCUUGGUAUUUGUCAAUGAAAAGAAAGAUGUUGAGCCUCUUGUGGAAACCCUCAUAACAAAAUAUGGCCAUCGGCAAGCUGAUAUUGUUGCUGUCACCGGGAAGGACUCUGCUGUCGAGCGAGGCGAAAAAAUUGACUCAUUUAUUCGCCCUGCCACUUUGUUGGAGGAUGACCCCGAUGGCAGUAAAAUAAAAGUUUUAGUAACUACAGACUUGUUAGCCCGAGGUUUAAAUUUCCUGGGUAUCAAGAAUGUCAUUCUAAUGGAUAUUCCCAGAUCUUCAGUGGAUCUAAUUCAUCGUGUGGGAAGAACGGGGAGAAUGAAGCAAUCUGGAAGGGUUUUCAUAAUCAUUGACAAGAAGUCAAAGAAAUCCUGGAUCAAAGGAUUGCCUAGAGCUAUAAAGGAAGGUACCACAAUCGGUUAA